AUGACCAUCACCGUACACACUCGGGCGACUACUGUCCGCUCAAACGUGCACUCUCUCAAGCCAGACGACGCGGCCAUAGAUAAGUGGUACCGCGACCGUGAGCUGGAGCUCAUCGCCUCCCUCUUUUAUGAUGGAAACAGCAACGGCAUCGUCCUCGAGCCCCACCAACGUCGGACCUACUGGCAGGCUCCUGAGCUGAGAUUCGUCUCACCACCUAUUGGUCUUGGCCGCCUAGACUUGUACAACACUCUUCAGCGUGUGGCAGUAGUGCAGUACGCCCUCUUCAACUGGGCCAUCACUGAGGAACGUCAGCGGGUUUUCGCCCGCCGUAGCGGAGAGAACAACCUCCACACCCCCUGUGGGGUUCUCCCCCGUGCCGUUGAAGGGUACAUCCUCCCCAUCCUCGCCAACUGCUCGCAGGUGUACGACCUCAUACCGAUUGCAGCGUUCCACAACAACCAGAUGGGCGCACGUUGCGAGCGGCCCAAGGAGGCCAUUUCUGCUGCCAUCGCCAAUCGUGCCCGUCGCGAGGCCGAAGCUGAGGCGUAUGCGGCCAUGCAAGCAGCAGCUCCCGUCACGCCGGCGCCACAGCAGACUCUGCAUGUUGACGACCGCGACUACCUUACCGAACCGAUGAGGUUCAUGGUGCACGGGCUUGAGGUUUCCCUGGGGAGACACAGCGUUGCUGACCACCCUGCACCCGGGGCAGGGCGUGUUGUUAGCCGCUUGCCCCACCCGUAUGAGAGCAUCACGGACAGAGUCAAAAUUCCUCCCGCAAUCAUCGACGACACGAUCAUCACGUUUGGCGAGGACCUGUUUACGGGUUCGCGCACUUUCCGUGAGGGUGACUGGAUCUGCAUCUGCGGCACGCACAACUUUGCGAAUCGCACACAGUGCAUGAACCCCGGCUGCCGCACGGCCAAGACUGUAAUGGCGCCUGCUGCUGUCCCAAUUACGCCCUCGCGUUCAGCUCUCGGCGACCCAGGCGACUGGUUCUGUGACUUUUGUGGCCUGUGCAACUGGACGCGCCGCGCGUUCUGCUUACGCUGCUGCCCGUUAGACGCGGACAACAUUGAGGAGGCGAUAACCAAGGGCAUUGUGCACUUUGGCGACCCGAUCAUCCACAUCCUCCGGCUGGGUGACAAGCGCGCCAAGGCGCUCAAAAAGAAGCCGGCGAUGGGCGCACAAUGCCCCUGCUUUGGUCCUCACCACGGCACGCGCUGUCACCAGGUCGGGAUCGGCGUCAACGCCACCCUGUGGGAGAAGUAUCUUAUGGCGCAGGACAACAUCCUCGAGCGCCUGCGCGCGAUGCCCUCAAGUGUACCCCCACCCCAGCCACGCGCGCACCACAACGGCCGUCGCCGCUAA